AUGUCUACGGUUCACAUCAAGUCUCCGACGGAGUUCCAGACGCUCCUGUCGAGCUCCAGAAUUGUCGUUGCUGACUUCUAUGCCGACUGGUGCGGUCCCUGCAAGGCCAUCGCGCCCCUCUAUGAGCAACUCUCGUCGUCGCUCUCCCGCAAGAAUGCCGUUACCUUUGUCAAGAUCGAUAUCGAGGCCCACAAGGAGAUUGCCGCCGCCUACAAUGUCACCUCGCUCCCCACCUUCAUGAUCUUCCGCGAAGGCAAGACCAUCGAGAAGGUCCAGGGCGCCGACCCCCGCAAGCUUCAGGAGGUGGUCAAGAAGCUGGCCAAGGAGGUUUCCGAGACCGGCUCCAGCUCUGGCGAGGCCUCUGGCAACUCGAGCGGCGGUAGCUGGAGAGGCGCGGGACUUCCUCGUGGCUACGGCGACAUCACCGACCAGGUCGAAGCUAGAGGCUGCGAGCUUCUCAACGCCGACGAGGACUUUGGCCCUGUCCGCGUUCUGUUCGACACGUCCAAGCCCAGUGCGCUGACCAAGAAGGAGGGUGUGAAGGAUUGGGUGGAGAGCGGCGCCGACGACCAGCUUCUGCUGUUCAUGCCCUUCCAGUCCAUGCUGAAGCUCCAUACCCUUCAGCUCACAUCUCUUCCUCCUGCCGACGACGACGAGGCUCCGAUGCGCCCUGGCACCAUCCACCUCUACACGAACAAGCCACACAACCUCGACUUUAGCGAAGCCGACGACACCCCUCCCACGCAAGCCAUCGAGCUCACUGAGAAGGACUGGAACGCCGACGGCACUGCCAACAUUGGGCUGCGCUUCGUCAAGUUCCAGAACAUCAACAGCCUGAUCAUCUACGUCACCAAGGGUGACGGCGACGGCGAGAAGGUGCGCCUCGACCGUGUGCGCCUCAUUGGCGAGUCGGGUGAAAAGAGAGAGAUGGGCAAGCUAGAGAAGAUUGGCGACGAGGCCGGCGAGUAG